AUGGGUGGAAUCAAUUCCACCGGUGAGAUCUCCCGAAAGCUCCCCAUCAGUGACAUGCUCUUCUUCAAGAUCCAGGGUGACAAGGAGGGAAUUAGCAUCACCGCCGCCACUACGGAUGAGGAGGUCGCCAAGCUGUGGGAGAGCCGCAACGUGCCACCGUCGCAGUUGCCACAGCUCGUUUCGACUAUUUUCGGCCAUGUCAGUGAUGGCAACUUCCAUGCACUGAUUCUGUUCAUGGACGACAAGGAGCUCCAGAAGCUGUAUCUCGACCCGGUGGACGAGAAGCACAAGUAG